AUGAAUUCAGACAUAGAAGUCAUGGUUCACGCAAUCACUAGCUCACUUCCAAUGAGUGGGACUCGAAGAGAUGAACUACAAAGAGCAACAGCUCAAGAUGAAGAAUUGCAAGCUCUCAGAAAAGUUAUCUUUUCAAGAUGGCCGGAUAAUAUCAAGGCAGUCCCAUCUAUAGUCAGGCAGUUUUGGACCAUCAGAGAAGAGUUGCACGAGGCUGACCAGAUGUUAUUCAGAGGCACAAAAGUUAUAAUUCCAACCAUCUUUCGAUCAGAAAUGCUCCGGAGAAUUCACGAAGGUCAUCAAGGGGCAGAGAAAUCUAAAGAACGGGCACGAGCAGUAAUGUACUGGCCGAACAUGAACAAGGAGAUUGAGGAUUACGUCAGCAAGUGCACCACCUGUCUGCGAUUUAGGUGGUCGAAUACCAAAGAACCACUCGAGCAACACGACCUACCAGAGAGACCGUGGCAAAUGAUAGCUGCGGACAUUAUGACAUUCAAACGGCGAGAUUAUCUCAUGGUAGUGGACUACUACUCCAAGUACGUGAAGGUACCACUCCUACUUGAUAAAACAGCAAAAUCAGUCAUCACGACGCUAAAAUCUAUAUUUUCUCGACACAGUAUACCGGACAGACUCAUUUGUGACAACGUGCCAUUUGCCAGCCGUCAGGUACGUUUGUUUUCCAAAGAGUGGGGUUUCAAGAUAACCACCUCCAGCCCGAAGUAUCCCCAGUCCAAUGGUUUAGAGGAAAGGAAUGUGCAGACCAUAAAGCAGCUCAUGCGCAAAUGUCACUAUGAAGGGUCGGACCCAUAUUUAGCACUGCUCAAUUACCGGAGUACACCAAUACCUGAGUUGAAAGCGUCUCCAGCCCGACUUCUUAUGAGUCGCAACCUGAAAACAAGACUACCUACGGCGUCGGCACUGUUGCAACCAGACGUUAUCACCAACAUCUCCGAGAAUCUAAGGGCACGACAACAUCGUCAAAAGUAUUACUACGAUAGACAAGCGCAGCCGAUGCGUGAGCUGGAAGCAGAAGAGGUAGUUUGUAUACAACGCGACAAGCAGUGGGAACCCGCUGUGGUAACUCAGAAGCACACUGCACCCAGAUCAUACAUUGUCACUCAAAAUGGGCGCAGCCUCAGAAGAAAUCGCCGACAUAUUCAUCCGACACUGGGAGCACCACCCAAUCAAAUCAGGAACCAGCUUUGGACGAUUAUUUACCGAGAGUGA